AGCGAGCCGGAGGAACUCCCCAGCCAUCAUCAUCACCCCACAAUGCCAGUUUGAGCUGUUUUGCUCCCUUCGAAGAUGGAGGCUUUUGGGCGAACCCUCACCACCACCCUCGCCAUUUCUCCGUCAGCUCCUUGGCGACAAAGAGCUGGCCACCGAGGGAGAAGCAGUCUGCUCUCCAUUCCAAGGCCGCGCUCUCCCAAUUUUGGAGGGAGGUCGAGGGCUGCCGUAAGAAUGGGCGCCUCCGUGGGCGGAGAAGAGGAGGAGGCGAGGCAGGCGAAAGAGAUGGUUGCGGCUCGGAGGAGAUGGGAAGCUUUGAUUAGGGAGCAGAAAAUUAAGGUCCUUACACCAAGGGAAGCCGGAUAUGCAAUCCAACUUUCAAACAAGACCCUUCUUGAUGUCCGUCCCUCAACCGAACACAAUAAGGCAUGGGUAAAAGGUUCUACUUGGAUACCCAUAUUUGAUGUGGACAGCUCUGUUGACAUGCAGACUCUUGCCAAGAAAAUCACCAACUUUGUUAUGGGAGGUUGGUGGAGUGGCAGUCCUAUGCUGGCAUUUGAUAAGGGUUUCAUAGGAAAGGUUGAGGAGAAAUUUCCCAAGGACUCUGACAUUAUUGUUGCGUGUCAAAAGGGUCUAAGAUCUCUUGCUGCUUGCGAACAACUUUACAAUGCGGGUUUCAGAAACUUAUUCUGGGUACAAGGAGGUUUGGAAGCUGCUGAAGAUGAGGAUUUUCAAUGGGAAGGCCCCCAACCUUUCAAGCUUGCUGGAAUUGGUGGAGUUUCUGAGUUCCUUGGUUGGACGGAUCAGCAACGUGCUAUAGCUGCUAAGGAAGGAUGGGCUUAUCGAUUAGUCUUCACCGGUCGCUUGGUCGGACUUAUCCUUAUAGCAGAUGCCUUACUUCUUGGGGCUCAAAAGCUUGGACCUUUACUUCAAGAACUGAGGUCUCAUUGAGACCCUAACCUCUCGCCCACCGUGCACCAUGGAGGAUAUGUUUGUCAUUUUGAAAGCCUAUGAGUUUGUUAUUUAUCAUUUGAUCAGAUUUGUUUAUGAUCUCAGUUUUGUUUGUUGUGCGGAAAAAUUUUCCUUUGUGGAAUGUAAGUAUCUGUCUGCAGCUGAUCUCCUUUAGCUCUUCUGAUUGAUGUCUUUUCUAUUAGUUGGGCUA